UGCUCUACCUGGGCCAGGUGAUGGAGGGAGAGCCCUACUACCACCUGGGACACCGUGGCACCCGGCAGAGAGCCCUGAGCAGGCACUGGGGGUGGCACGUGCGGCUGAUGAGGGACCCCGAGGUGCUGUGGUUUGAGCAGCAGACGCUGAAGAGGCGCACAAAGAGAGGUGCCAGCGUGGUGCCCACGGACCCCUGGUUCCCCAAGCAGUGGUACAUGAACAACGACAUCAGUCCCGACCUGAACAUCCUCACGGCUUGGAGCAGGGGCUACACGGGGCGGGGGGUCGUGCUGACCAUCCUGGAUGAUGGGCUGGAGAAGGAUCACCCCGACCUGGCAGCCAACUAUGUAACUACGAGGGGGUGCAGGCACAGGCUCCUCCAGGGUGGGGGCUCCCCAGGGAGGGGGGGAGCCGGUGCCUUCAUCCCACCCCAGGGACUGUGCAGUGGGAACUCGGCCUCUCCAGGGCCAGAUCACAGGUUUGGAGUCUCCCACAGCGAAUUCUCACGUCGAGGAAACGUUAGAACUUGUACACACACUGGAGCCCCCAAAAUUGGUGUAAUUACAGCAGGCUGCAAAGCCAGUAAAGCUGGUAAACCCUCACGUGCUCAGCAAGGAAGGAGAGAUAAAUCCUGGGUGUUUGCAACAACACAAUUCCUGUGGGUUGUAGUUCCUCCUGUGAGGGUCCCCCUCGGGAGGUUGUGGGGGGACCUGGUUGGACCCAGACAGCUGACUUACCCACCUCAUGAUUUAGAAGGGCUGAAUCCCACCCUUAAAAGCCAACCCAGACACCUCUAUCCCCACAUCCUCCUUGCUUCCAGCCCAGCCCUGAGCUGGCGUGACCUGCAGCACCUCAUCAUCAGGGCCUCCAAACCCGCUCACCUCAAGGCCGAGGACUGGGCCAAGAACGGGGUGGGACGCAGGGUGAGCCACUACUACGGCUACGGGCUGCUGGACGCGGGGCUGCUGGUGCAGGAGGCCAUGGCCUGGGCAGGGACUCGGCCUCAGGAGAAGUGUUCAGUCAAGGUCCUUCAGGCCCCCAGGGACAUCGGCUCCAAGCUCACCAUCUCCACAGAUGUCUUCUCCUGCUCCCAGAGCAUCCGCUCGCUGGAGCACGUCCAGGUCCAGCUGUCCCUGAGCUACAGCCGCAGGGGGGACCUGGUGGUGGCCCUGAGCAGCCCCACGGGCACCACGUCCAUGCUGGUGACCAUGCGCCCCUACGACACCAGCCAGGAGGGCUACAAGGACUGGACCUUCAUGUCCACACACUUCUGGGACGAGAACCCCAAGGGGACCUGGACCCUCCACCUGGAGAACAAGGGCGAUGCCCAUAACACAGGCCAGCUGACCAGCUUCAUCCUGCACCUGCACGGCACGGAUGAGGACAUGAGCUCCAGGCGCUCCGCAGCCUCCGCCACGGACGGCUGCGUCCGGUGGGACAAGGAGGGAGCCUGCGAGGGUGAGUGAGGCUUUAGGGGGGCA